CGCUCACACGCGCGCAUGCUCCGUUGGUGUAGCAGCGCCCCUCCUUUUCCGCCAGGAGGAACUCCCGUUUGUUUAUUAAAUUACGACAGUCGUAAACUGAGAUUUUUGUGCCGGCUUCCUAGUUUUACGACGACAGCAACAAUGGCGGCCACCAGUGGCAGGUUUGAAAGUGAGAGAAGUAUUGAAGAACGUAAAGAACAGACCAGGAUUGCCAGAGCCGAGGUGUUGCGCCAGGCUAAAGCAAAUUUUGAAAAGGAAGAGAGGCGUAAAGAACUUAAACGACUUCGGGGUGAGGAUACAUGGAUGCUACCUGAUGUGAAUGAGCGAAUUGAACAGUUCUCACAGGAACACUCUGUGAAGAAAAAGAAGAAAAAAGACAAGCACUCAAAAAAAGUAAAGAAAGAGAAGAAAAAAAAGAGUAAGAAACAGAAGUAUGAAAAAAGCAAGGAGUCAGCUGAUAGUUCAUCGAGCUCUGAAGACGAGUGGGUGGAGGCUGUCCCGCCCCAGGCUCCUGGCAGGGAGAAGGCCUGGAAAGCGAAAGGUGGAAAUACGGAAAGGGAAGGCAACCAAGUUGCCCAGAGAGAUGAGUGGAUGACUGUUGAUUUUAUGUCUGUUAAAACUGUGUCAUCAUCGUCGCUCAAAGCUGCAAAGGAAACUGUCAGGAAAAUAGAGCGAGAGAAAACCCAAGCGCUAGAACAGUCCAGACUGCUGGAAAGAGAACUGAAUCCAUACUGGAAAGAUGGUGGUACAGGUCUUCCCCCAGAAGACUGUAACGUGUCAUCAGUUACUAAAGUUUCAGUGGUAGAAGAUGGUGGAUUGAGCUGGCUGAGGAAGUCUUACCAGAGAAUGAAGGAACAAGCUGAGAAACAGAACAGACGUUUUGAAGACAUUGUGGCUGAAAGAUAUGGGUCAAUGGAAAUAUUUGAGUCAAAAUUAGAAGAAGCUGAAAAAACUGCAUCCACAAAAGAAGAGUGUAAACGAGAACGGUGGAGGAGACCAACAUGUUCAGAUAAAGCACAAAGUAGUCAAGAAAGUAGAAAAUCAGACUUGGUAAAAGAUAAUAAAAGUUCAAGGGAUAGAUAUAGUUCAACAAGUAUUACAAACAGUGUCAAUAAAGAAAAGUCUAGUGGUGAUGAAAAAGAUAAUAGGUCGGGGUCUUCAGAAACAUAUAGAAGACAAUCCAAUCCAAGCCAAAAUCAAGAGUUUUCUUCUCUUGGAAAUUUGAAACCUAAAUUUUUAAGACCCUCUGAUAAUGAAGAACUGUCAUUUCAUAGCAGGGGCAGAAAUUUUGACCCAUCUAGUUCAUCUUCAGUACUGGUCACUCAGGAUUCUGUGCAUCGUGGUUUUCGAAAACCCACAGAAAACAGUGAAGAAAGUUCAUCGUCAUGGAGCCAAUCUGGUAGGAGAGAAGGAGACAGGAAACAUUCAAAUCAACGGUCAGUGGACACCCGUGGCAGUGUCGGCGGUGGGCACAUUUCUGAAGACAGAAGAGAAAAAUCAUGGGACGAAAGCUUGAGAGGUGAUUCUGUGAAGAAAGAGCAUGUGCAGGACGCAAAGUCUUCCUCUGCUGGAGGCGGUCUUGAAGAUGAUUCCAUCCACAUUUUGAGUGUUGAUGAGAAGAACAAACUGGGAGCCAAGAUUAUCAAGGCAGAGAUGAUGGGAAAUAUGGAAUUAGCGGAACAACUUAAAGCUCAACUUGCAAAGGCAAAUAAAUUCAAAGAAACUGUAACACAGACGUCAUCCAAAAACCCUGGGGUGGAGAAUGAAGACCAAGAAGUGGUCCUGGUCAGAACAGAUCGGUCUGGAGGAGUGUGGCCUGUGAGCACAGCAGGAAAACCUCUGGAAUCUACAGGAGGAAGAAGGAAGAGGCAGAUGGCUUCAACUCACGAAGAAAAAGAAAGGGUUAGAUACUUUCACGAUGAUGAUAAUCUCAGCCUAAGUGAUUUAGUCAAGAACGAAAAGAUGGGAACAGCAGAAAAUCAGAACAAACUUUUUAUGAGAAUGGCAUCUAAGUUUAUGGGAAAAACAGAUGGAGACUAUUAUACCCUAGAUGACAUGUUUGUCUCCAAAGCAGCUGAGAGAGAACGUUUUGUUGCAGAGGAAGAGAACCAGAGGAAAAAAGCCAUUGCCGAGCAUCAGAGUCUCGCUGCCCGAAUGGAAAAAUGUCCCUACUGUUUUGACAGCUCUCAGUUUCCCAAGCACCUUAUUGUUGCGAUAGGUGUUAAGGUUUAUUUAUGUUUACCCAACGUCCGAUCUCUUACUGAGGGACACUGCCUGAUAGUUCCUUUGCAACACCACAGGGCUUCCACCUUACUGGACGAAGACAUCUGGGAGGAAGUUCAGAUGUUUAGGAAAUCAUUGGUAAAGAUGUUUGAAGAUAAAGGGUUGGACUGCAUCUUUUUAGAAACCAACAUGAGCAUGAAGAAGCAGUACCAUAUGGUUUACGAGUGCGUUCCUCUCCCGAAGGAAGUGGGUGACAUGGCUCCCAUCUACUUUAAGAAAGCCAUAAUGGAAUCUGAUGAAGAAUGGUCUAUGAACAAGAAAUUGAUCGAUCUCUCUUCGAAAGACAUCAGAAAGUCUGUACCCAGGGGCUUACCUUACUUCUCUGUAGAUUUUGGCCUCCGAGGAGGGUUUGCCCACGUCAUUGAAGAUCAACAUAAAUUCCCUCAUUACUUUGGGAAGGAAAUCAUUGGUGGGAUGUUGGAUAUAGAACCCAGGCUGUGGAGGAAAGGGAUCCGGGAAAGCUUUGAGGAUCAGAGGAAGAAGGCACUGCAGUUCGCUCAGUGGUGGAAACCAUUCGACUUCACCAAAAGUAAAAAAUGUUGAGUCAAGCCUUUCGGUUUUUAAAUGUCUUCUUCAGAUUCCUUUCACUUUUAUUUCUAUUCUUUCUCAACAACUGACCCUCAGGCCACAGGGAGAGAAAGUCCUGCUCUGGGUCUCGGAUGCCUGUGCAUCACUGGAUUGUGUCCUUUCCUACCUUGUCCUGCGCCCUUCCCUGUUGUCAUUGGGGAGCAGGACCAGAUACGGGGUGACCCUGUGUUCCCGCUCUGUCCCUACGUCUUUGUGUUCCGACCAGUACAGUUAAGAUGGGGAAGGACUUUCCUGAAGGAUUGCCGAGGAGGGACAGCAGAUCACUGGUUCAGAGGGAGGUGGGGCUGCUUCAAGGUGGUGAACACUGUUGACCAGCUUCUCUUGAAUAUUUUAAACUGAGUUGGCAUAUUCAGUAAUAAUUGCAACUUCUCUUUGUAGCCUUUUAUAGAAGAGCUCUUCAUUUUCUACCAGUAGCAGAUAUAUCACUGCUAUUCUUUUUAUUAAAGGAAGAAGAAUGUUCGAGAAUAAUAAAUUAAAUAAAGCAUCACAUGUUCAUGA